AAAAAAUAAAUCAUGAAUAUUCCAUCAACGUUAUACUCCAGGAUUAAUCGGCUUCAAACCAAAAUACCUUGCAGAAUUUCCCACACAGUUUUAUUCAAUUUGAAAAAGAACUGCUCUACAAAUUCAACUUCUGAAGAAAUCAUAAUUCCUAAAAAAAUAUCAAGAGGUCCUACUGAUAUUUUGAGAGCAUUAGAAAGUACUAUCGGUAGGGACCCUACUGCAGCACAUUAUAAAUUUCAUGAUGAUCCUUAUUUGAUACCUCAAUCUAAUAUUGGUAAGAGAACAUUUGCCAUGGCUCAAGAGGCUGGAAAAAAAGCUGCACAUUUUGUCAGAAGAGAGAACAUCGACUUGUUUCAACAUAAAGAAGCAGAGCCUUUCAUAGAUAUGUUUGGUCCACCAAAAAUAUAUACAGAAAAUAGCGAAGUUUCAAUCGAUGACCUCAAGGAUUGUAUCAAGAAUGUAGAUGUAUCAGAUGCUAUUAUGGUUUACAAUUUAUUAAAGAAACAAAAUGUCGAUAUAGAACCUGACUUAAUGCAGAACUUGUUAGAGUUGCUUUGUUACCACAAUAGUCAGGAUCCAUUACCAGAGGAAUUAAUUGAAGAACGUUGGUUCAGACAAAGCACAAAAGGUAAUGAGCGUAGAAAGAAAACCUGGAAGGAUGGCGAUUUUGCUGAAGAAAUUUUCAUUAGUAUAAAGGAACCAAAGGCAGAAACAUAUUCUGCGAUAAUUCAAGGCAUGGCCAAAUAUUAUCAAAUCGAAAGAGCGACACAACUAUUUGAAGAAGCAAAGCAAAAAGGAUUUAUUCUUAGCACAGAUACUUACAAUGCUAUGAUAGAAGCAGGUAACCUUCUCAAAGAGAAUUAUGAUAUGAGAUGGGCUUAUAUUGUUCAGCUUUUGAGUGAGAUGCAUGAGAAAAAGAUCAAGCCCAAUCUUGGUACUUUGAAUGCUGUUUUAUACUGCUUGAGUUUGAUGGGAAUCAAGUUCAGUAGAGAGUCAGCCCUUAAAGUCUUAUCAGAAUUUAAAAACUUGGGCAUUGAGCCUUCCCUUGCAUCAUGGAAUUUCAUAUUGCAAAUAUUUUACAAAGAUAAUGCUCCUUUGAGUUCAAUAAUGUUUGAUAUAAUGAGAGAAAUAGAAAAUAAACAGCUUGAAAUACGUGACUUGCGAGAUAUUAAUUUCUUUGUUGCUGCUAUGAGUAUCUGCAGGUUCCAUUUGAAUGACCUCGACUUAGCUCAUAGGGUAGAUGCCCUUUUACAUUAUGGAAAUAAUUACGAUCUUAUUGGCAAUAGUUACAAAGAAGCAGUGUACUAUCGUCACUAUUUCAUGCUUGGUGUUAAUUCACAACCUAUUCAAGAUUUUAUGACAAAUAUGUAUGAUAAAUUGGUACCUCACAUCUAUACACCAGAAAUGAGUGUUUUAGAAGAAAUCUUAAAGCAAAUUGAGAUUUAUGGAGCAGUCGAGUACAUACCAAAAAUGUGGUCUGAUAUGGUAAUCUUCGAUAGUACUAGAAAAGAAUCCAUGUUAAAUUUGAUACUCAACAUUAUGGUGGCUAAUGAAAGAAAAAAUGACCCUGACUUAACUGAAAAAUUUGCAAACGUUGCUGAAGAUAUUCACGAGAAGCUUAUAAAUCAAAAUGAAAAUAGUACAAAUAAAAUAAUAAUUACUGGAGAAAUGAUAGGAAGUAUGAUACUACUAUUUUUGAGGAAUAAUUCAUUCAAUAAAGCGUGGGACUUAUUUGUCGACUUGGAUAAAAAUCAUCAGAAGGCUGUUGGCACCCCAAGGUCUGAAGCUAUUUUUGCACUAGUUGAUGCCUGUAUUGCAGAGAAACUUCCUUCAAAGGCGCUCUUAAUCCUUCAGUAUAUUUCAGAUUAUGGUUAUGAGGGUAUAGAAGAUGUUGCAAAGAAUUUGCAAUUAAAAUUGACUUUGGAUGAAACUCAUUUAGAAAAAUUAGCAAAGAUUGUAGGACAGCAUGCAAUUAUUGAUAAAUAAAUUAAUUAAGUUUU